AUGUUGUGGGGAUUCCACCCAGGACCUGACCUGAGCUUUAAAACACCCUAUGCCCCCGCCAACCAAACCGGCCGGCUCCGUCAGCAAGCUGGGCGGCGGUGUCUCUUAAAAACCUACUCGCAAAGCCGCUUCGGAGAAGACCGGGCCUACAACGUGCUCAGUCCCGGAAGUGACGGCUCCCAGAGGGGCCGGAAGUGGCAGUGGAGGGAGGGAAGAUGGCGGAGGUGGUGAGUCCGGUGCCCGGGGCGGGGCGGAGGGAGCCAGGGGAGGUGGGUAGAGCCCGAGGCCCCCCAGUAGCCGACCCUGGCGCCGCGCUGUCUCCCCAGGGGGAGAUAAUCGAGGGCUGCCGCCUGCCCGUGCUGCGGCGGAACCAGGACAACGAAGAUGAGUGGCCACUCGCUGAGAUUCUGAGCGUGAAGGACAUCAGUGGCCGGAAGCUUUUCUACGUACAUUACAUUGAUUUCAAUAAACGCCUGGAUGAAUGGGUGACCCACGAGCGGCUGGACCUGAAGAAGAUCCAGUUCCCCAAGAAAGAGGCCAAGACCCCCACCAAGAACGGACUUCCUGGGUCCCGACCCGGCUCACCAGAGAGAGAGGUGCCGGCCUCCGCCCAGGCCAGCGGGAAGACCUUGCCAAUCCCGGUUCAGAUCACACUCCGCUUCAACCUGCCCAAGGAGCGGGAGGCCAUUCCCGGUGGCGAGCCCGACCAGCCGCUCUCCUCCAGCUCCUGCCUGCAGCCCAACCACCGCUCAACGAAACGGAAGGUGGAGGUGGUUUCACCAGCAACUCCAGUGCCCAGCGAGACAGCCCCGGCCUCAGUUUUCCCCCAGAAUGGAUCAGCCCGGAGGGCAGUGGCAGCUCAGCCCGGGCGGAAGCGGAAAUCAAAUUGCUUGGGCACUGAUGAGGACUCCCAGGACAGCUCAGAUGGAAUCCCGUCCGCUCCUCGCAUGACUGGGAGCCUGGUAUCUGACCGGAGCCACGACGACAUCGUCACCCGGAUGAAGAACAUCGAGUGCAUCGAGCUGGGCCGGCACCGCCUCAAGCCGUGGUACUUCUCCCCGUACCCUCAGGAGCUCACCGCGCUGCCUGUCCUCUACCUCUGCGAGUUCUGCCUCAAGUACGGCCGAAGCCUCAAGUGUCUGCAGCGUCACUUGACCAAGUGUGACCUGCGACAUCCUCCAGGCAACGAGAUAUACCGCAAGGGUACCAUCUCCUUCUUUGAGAUCGAUGGACGUAAAAACAAGAGCUACUCCCAAAACCUGUGUCUUCUGGCUAAGUGUUUCCUCGACCACAAGACGUUGUACUAUGACACAGACCCUUUCCUCUUCUACGUCAUGACAGAGUACGACUGCAAGGGCUUCCAUAUAGUGGGCUACUUCUCCAAGGAAAAGGAGUCCACGGAAGACUACAAUGUGGCCUGCAUCCUGACCCUGCCCCCCUACCAGCGCCGGGGCUAUGGCAAGCUGCUGAUCGAGUUCAGCUACGAACUCUCCAAGGUGGAAGGGAAAACGGGGACCCCAGAGAAGCCCCUCUCGGACCUUGGCCUCCUGUCCUACCGAAGCUACUGGUCCCAGACCAUCCUGGAGAUCUUGAUGGGGUUGAAGUCAGAGAGCGGGGAGAGGCCACAGAUCACCAUCAAUGAGAUCAGUGAAAUUACCAGCAUCAAGAAGGAGGAUGUCAUAUCCACUCUACAGUACCUCAACCUCAUCAACUACUACAAGGGCCAGUAUAUCCUCACCCUGUCGGAGGACAUCGUGGAUGGGCACGAACGGGCUAUGCUCAAACGACUUCUUCGGAUCGACUCCAAGUGUCUGCACUUCACUCCCAAGGACUGGAGCAAGAGGGGAAAGUGGUGACCGGACACUGCCCUGGGAAUGCUGGCAAAGGCAGCAGAACUGAAGCUGGCAGCCAUCCCGCCCCCACUGGGGUCUCCAAGAGGCACCCCAAGGGAGACAGGGCUGAGGACCACUCCAAAAGGAGAGGACGGGCCUGGUUAAGGCCGGCUGGUGCCCAGCACCAAGGCGAGCUCAGGGCUCACGUCAACUCCACGGUCAGCUGGCAGCAGGCCCAGGCCUGCUGUGAACCAGGGACCAGAGGGAGCCAGGCAGCUGUGUAUAGUAAGAUGGGGGUGGGGGUGCCUUGUACAGGGGACUGGCAACUGUACAAACUUCUUUUGUAAAGUAGGAGCUGGGUUGUGGUGGGUACUGGCUGCAAAAUUCUGGCCUCUUCUGCCCCAUUGCCCCCUGGCAAUAAAUUGUUUCUAGAGGUCA